AUGCCAAGGCCAAACUGGCCAAUUGGCAAACAUAUUUACAUCGCUUCACAUGUUUUAGUGUCGACGAGUAGCAAAAUAACUUUUUCGUCACUAGGCUUAACUAUAGCCCAUAAAUCUGAGAGUGUCGCGCCCACUAGACUUUACUCUAUCUGGCGGAAAGCACAGAGUAAACCCUAUAGCGAGCUUACAGAAGAGAUCCUGGGAUCCUUCCAGCAUAUCAUCCCAUUAAACCUUCUAUUCCCGUCCCGGAUGGAAGAUGAAGGAAAUCACGGCAAUGACGAUACAAGGUGUUUCAUCCUGUCAACGUUGGCUGCUCUACAGUGGUCACGUGUCUCCUGCGUUCUUUGUCGCGCGGCGAUGCUAGUCUUCGAUAGGUAUCCUCUUGUCGAUGGUACCUUCUUCUUGUCGCCGAGGCAACACUCUCCUUCUUGUGCUGAGGUUAAAGUAGAGGGACGUACACAAUACUUAUCAGCAGUUUGUAUGACUUGUCUGGAGGGUUGCGGAAGUGCCCCUGUACGUUGUCGUGCUUGUACUGUACAAUGGGAUGGAUCAAGUCUUGUUCUCGGGACCAUGUAUAGUUAUGAUAUUUUUGCUGCCAUGCCAUGUUGUACUGAACGCCUUAAAUGCAACAGCUGCCAAAAACCAUUAAUCUAUCCCCAUCAGCGAUUGAACUUCUACUCAGACUACAGCCGAGUUUUUGCGUGUCCUCACUGCCGAGUUGUCGACGCACACUUUAAAUUACAAAAAAUCAAUUAA